UCCGAGCCGCUUCGCACCGAGCAGCAGCAGCAGGAGCAGGAGCAGCAGCAGAGGACGGUACCGGAGGAGCCAGCUGGCCGCCGAUAGCUGCCCGUCCAGAUUAUACCGUCACCUUGUGUUAAGACUAUGCGGUUCGGACUUUAUUCUCCUACAUUAAUAUCCGCUUUGAGUGCAUAAAAAAUGGGCGUAAAUCGAGUCCACUGCUCAACGUUAUAAAUCCGGAGAGGUCGACGGCGGCGCAGAUCCGUCUCUCUUGUUAUAUCUUUCACAUUUUCUGGAUAGAGGAGUUACUAUGAAUGGAGGAUAAAUGUUGCCAAAGGCUGACAGCAGCAGUUUCGUCCUCUUCUCUCUUCUCUUUGUCCUCACAUUAACGGACCCACCACGGACAGAGCAGCGCUGCAGCCCCGGGCAGUUUGCCUGCCGCAGUGGGAAGAUGCAGUGUAUCCCGAUGUCCUGGCAGUGUGACGGCUGGACAGCAUGUGAGGACAAGAGCGAUGAGAUGGACUGUCCCCCUAUAAAAGAAGAGAGGUUUCGUUUCGGGAACGGAUACGACCAGGUGGAAGAUGUCAUCGGUGUGGCUCAGCCUGUGCGCUUCAACAAGAAAUGCCCCAGCGGGUGGCAUCACUACGAGAAGACGGCGAGCUGCUACAAAGUUUACCUGAGGAAUGAAAACUACUGGCAGGCUGUGGACACCUGUCAGAAAGUCAACGGUUCAUUGGCCACGUUCGUUACCAACGAGGAGCUGCAGUUCAUACUGAAGAUCGAGGUCGACUUCGACGACAAAGUCUGUGAACGCAGAGACCAGUGCAAGUUUUGGGUGGGCUACCAGUAUGUGAUCACCAAUCAGAACCACUCUGUGGAGGGCCGCUGGGAGGUAGCAUAUAAAGGGUCGAUGCAGGUGUUUCUCCCACCUGAGGGUCUAACCAGUUUUGGGGAGGCGUCACCCACACAGGACAAUGUCUUCUGCGCCCAGCUUCAGCGCUUUCAGAUCAAAAGCAUGAAUGAACGAGGUCUGCACAGCUGGCACGCUGAGAACUGCUACAAGAAGUUCCCCUUUCUCUGCAAGAGGAGACAAACGUGUGUGGAUAUAAAAGACAACGUGGUUAACGAGGGCUACUACUUCACCCCUAAGGGGGACGACCCAUGUCUGAGCUGCACGUGUCAUGACGGAGAGCCUGAGAUGUGCGUGGCUGCGCUGUGUGAGAGGCCGCAGGGCUGCCAGCACUUCCGCAAAGAUCCCAAAGAGUGCUGCAAGUUCACCUGCCUGGAUCCAGGUACUGAGGCGCCCCAAGGACCAGAGCAGUGUUUCUUCUCAAGUGUUUCAUCUAAUCAAAAUGGAAACAGUCUGUUUGAUUCAAUGGCCAGCGGGAUGAGACUGAUCGUCAGCUGCAUCUCAUCCUUCCUCAUCCUCUCUCUGCUGCUCUUCAUGGUGCACAGACUCCGCCAGCGGAGGCGAGAACGCAUCGAGACACUGAUUGGUGGAAACUUGCACCACUUUAACCUUGGAAGACGAGUACCAGGCUUUGACUACGGCCCGGAUGCCUUUGGCACUGGCCUCACUCCCCUGCAUUUGUCUGAUGAUGGAGAGGGCGGCGCUUUCCAUUUUCAAGAGCCUCCUCCGCCGUACGCAGCCUACAAAUACCCCGACAUCCAGCACCCCGAUGAUCCCCCUCCUCCAUACGAAGCCUCCAUCAACCCAGACAGCCUCCUCUACGUGGAUCUUGGUCGUAGCGGGGUUCCCAUGGUGCCGAGCCAGAUGAACGUCAUGGUAGACGGGCUCCAAGCCGAUAUUUCCAACACCUCUGUUCCCGUGCCAAACUUGGCGCCGUCCUCUCAGGAGAGGGAGGACUCCAUAGAUAGCAGCACCCUCCUGGUGGGGCCCGACACCCCGACAGAUGGCCACACCCCCGCUCCCAUGCCCGCAGACUGCGCCUCCUCCCUCAGCACCAUGGUAUAAGACUGCGGACGGACGGCAGGACAUUCCCCUGCUGGUUGAGGAAGGUCACGAGUGUGUCCUGCUCCACCCACUGCGCCGGGAGAGGACGCAGCAGACUGAUCUGUCGUUUAUCAAAAAUGCUGACUGCAGAAAGGAGGGUUAAAGUUUGUACAGGCACAUCAGGAGGUGGAGCCGCCCGCUUCUUUAAGGUGCACUCUGAGAAGGCUCUGCAGUCAGACACUGGCAUCAAAAAGGAGCAGAGAGGACUGUUUCUGUACAGAGAAGACAAACACUACAUUAAGGCCAAGAUGGCUGCACUUUUACUUUAACGCAUCGACUGAACAAAGCUUUCCAAACAUCUCAGAGCCGGCCUGAUUGGUCGAGAAGCCCUGAUGUAAAUACCCCCCUCAGGUCUGUGCCAGUCAGAUUUGUUAUACUUGUGUGUGUCCGGCGCAAAGCAAAGAAUGACAGACGGACAAUGAAGCCAGAUUGUGCUCCUUGUGCAUUUUUUUUGGGAGUUUUCUUUUGUUUGCAUCAUGCCGUCGCUCAAACAGAUUAAUCUGAAUCGGUCUUUCCGUCUCCAGGCUUCAAUAACAUUCUCAUCAGUCUCACCUUUCAUAAAAAAAAACCUGCUGUCCCCUCACUUUCUUAUUAGUCUGAUACAUGAAACUGUCUUCCAGGUUUAUAGCGCAUAUUUGCAGAAAAGGAUGUUUUGUAGUUUAACAUACAUGCAAAAAGGUACGGUUAGUUUCCUCCCAUAAGGGUUUUUAUAAGGUAAUGCCAAAUGUUGUGGUACUGAUAAAUCUGAGUUUGGUAUUGUGUUCCUUUGAUAAUUUAUGACCGCGGGCUGUAAUCUUGAUUGUUUUUAUCGUGGGACAGAAACAGUCUGAAAUCCCCGUUGAUCAGCCAGAAAAGUGAUGAAGCUUUUUCGAGUGUAUCCUGCCAAAAAAAUGAGUACAUUUGUUUAAAAUAACUUUUUCCAAUCAUGAAAUCCCUGAAUCAUGCAGAUGGUCCCAUUGUUACUUUAUUAUCAGCUGUGUAUUUGCUUAAAAUCUCAAUAUUUUGCACACUCAUCCAUUUUAUUAAAUCAAGUUGUUUUUUCUUUUUCUUUACAUUUUUUGGGGAAAAUAAUUUGUCAGGUGUCACAUUUGCUGCCCCUCAACAGCUGAGGUGUUCGUAUGUGUGAUCUCAGUGAUGAUGAUGUUUUCAGCUACUGAUGAAGGAGUCUGACUGUAGCUGUGAGUCUGUUUCUGUUUUGGUGUCGACGGGUCUGAACUGUUAAUGUUUCUCAAUGGGAUCGCAGUUUAAAAACAAAACAAAAAAAAAUUAUAAUAAAAGAAAAAAUUUAAACUGUAUUUUAGGAAUGAGUUAGACCCUCUCCUCCCACUGUUAUGAUGACAAUCGUUUGAUGAAUUUUACAAGAAUGAAGGAGUCAGAUCAACGGGCCCGAGACGCUCAGGUCAGAGUCAGUGACCCGCAACCACCAGCAUUCAGCCUGCUUUUCAUCUGCCUCAAGAAAAACAGCAACUGUGCGUGUCUCAUGUUUGAAUGUACUGUGUGUAUAAAACAUUAUUAUUAUUAUUAUUAAUACUUUCUCAAGCUUAUUUUCUCCCCCCCAUUUUUCUUUUUUUUGAGUUUUUUUGGCUUUGACAAUCCACAGCGGAUUAUCCAACAAACAAACUCAUGUUCUCCUGAACUGUUGAAAAGAGUAACGUGUGCAUGUGUGUAUAGGAGAUGGUGUACUGGUUUGGUUUUGGUUUUGUUUUUGUUUUUCAUCAAGUUUGUUUGUUUUUAUUUCUCAACUUUUGCUUUUUUGACCUGCAGUGCAUGUUUUUAUCUUUUGGCAUGCUGGGAGAUUUUUUCUUUUUGUUUUGUUUUGUUCAGUUUUUUUAUUUUUUUUAUUUUUUAAUGGAAACAUUUUUAGCCAAAACGUUCAGUCCUGUACAGUAGGUUCAAAGACUUUUUUGCAUAUUGUUUAAUAUCUCCGUAUGCAUUGAAAAAACCUGCCCACGACCCAAACAGCUGCAUUUCCACUGUAGUUUCUGUGCUAGACUAUGACGGUGUGAUGACUCAUUUUACUGGAUUUGAAAUGUUUUAUGUAUAAAAAAACAACAGACGCUACAUUUUCAUUUGUCUUUUAUUUCAUAGCCUUUUAAAAUUUUGCAGGGCGGGGGUUUUUGGUGGCUUGUGUUUUUCUGAGUUAGAUGUACAUCUAAUCAAAUGCCAAAUAAAUUGCACCAUGAA